GACAGAACUACAGCACAAGCAAAGAGAGCAGCAGCCAUGUUCUCAGCCCGUCUCCUGCGACAGGCACCGAGGCACAUCCUCAGGCACCAGCACCGUCUCCCAUCCACUCGCUCCCUCGCUUCACAAGUCAACGCCAUCCCACAGCAAAAGACAGAAACCACCACCCUCCCCAAUGGCUUCACCAUUGCUACGGAACACACGCCCUCAGCACAGACUGCAACGGUUGGUGUCUGGAUCGAUGCUGGCUCUCGUGCUGAGACGGAAAAAUCCAAUGGUUCUGCCCAUUUCCUCGAACAUCUCGCUUUCAAGGGCACCGGCAAGCGAUCUCAGAAGGAUCUCGAGCUAGAGAUUGAAAACAUGGGAGCUCACCUCAACGCCUACACGUCCCGCGAACAAACCGUUUACUAUGCCAAAUCAUUCAAGGCAGAUGCAGCAAAUACGGUGGAUGUGCUUGCGGAUAUCCUGCAAAACUCAAAGCUCGAGGCAGCUGCCAUUGAACGGGAACGCGAUGUCAUUCUCAGAGAGCAGGAAGAGGUGGAUAAACAAACUGAGGAAGUGGUGUUUGAUCAUCUUCAUGCCUCUGCCUUCCAGGGACACCCACUCGGUAGGACCAUUCUUGGCCCAAAGGAAAACAUUGAGUCCAUUGGCAAGCAGGAUUUGAGUGACUACAUCAAGACCAACUACACCGCCGACAGGAUGGUGCUGGUUGGUGCAGGUGGUGUCCCCCACCAAGAACUCGUCAAGCUUGCUGAACAGCACUUUGGCAAGAUCCCCUCUUCCGGUACUAGUCAUGCUAUUGGAUCUCCUCGUGGUGAGAAACCACAAUUUAUUGGAUCAGAGGUAAGGUUGCGUGAUGAUACCAUGCAAACUGCCAAUAUUGCUAUUGCCGUGGAAGGUUGUGCUUGGAAUGACCCAGACUACUGGCCCAUGCUCGUUUGUCAAGCCAUUAUUGGAAACUACGACCGGGCACUCGGUUCUGCACCACACUUGGGUUCCAAGUUGUCUACCAUUGUGCAUGCCAACAAACUCGCCAACUCGUUCAUGAGUUUCUCAACAUCCUACAGCGACACUGGACUAUGGGGCAUCUACCUCGUCUCUGAGAAUGUCGAACAACUCGAUGAUCUCGUACACUUCACCCUCAAGGAAUGGUCGAGGUUGUCCAUUGCCGUGACGGAAGCUGAAGUGGAACGUGCAAAAGCUCAACUCAAGGCUUCUUUGUUGUUGGGUUUGGAUGGAACGACUCAGGUGGCUGAGGAUAUUGGUCGUCAAAUUGCAACGACUGGUCGGCGUAUGUCGCCAUUUGAGUGUGAUCAGCAUCUUGCCAAGAUCACGGCAGCGGAUGUCAAGGCUGUUGCAAAGGCAAAGAUUUGGGAUGCAGAGAUUGCAGUGAGUGCUGUUGGUCGCAUCGAAGGAUUGUUGGAUUAUAACAGAAUCCGAGCUGACAUGUCGCUGAAUAGAUACUGAGCUCAGCCUUUCGUGAGGAGCAAUUCCCUUCCAAGCAAACACUUCCUUGCUGUCAUCUGAGUCUUGAAUGUGCGUUAUAGAUUCACCGUAAGUAAAAAGUACGUUGGGCUUUGCUCGGCGUUGACUCGGUUGAGUGAGUUGCUCCUUGUCCGUUGCGCAGUCAGAUCAGAGAGAUCGUCAAAGUGCGCAGUUCACAGACCAACACACCCCAGGCUCAGGACUCGAGUUUACUGACCAAUAGAGGAGUUACUGAAGCAUCGUCAAGGGCCCAGGUCAUAGAGACACGGCGGCCAAAGCAUCAAUCUCCACGCUCAGUGCGUUUCAGCUCAGACGACACUUCAGCGCGCGCAUACACACUCCCACUGCAUUUCAAAUCGCAUACAAAAAAGGAGACCCUUCGCAACAGCGAUAAGGCGCUGGGCCUGCCUAUCAACCAGAG